UUAAAAAAAAAAAGAUAAACUACUUAAUACCUUAAAUUGUGUUAUUUUCUGCCUCCCUCUUAUAUGAUCAUUAUUAUUUUAUAGUUAAAUACCUGAUUUUAAGGAGCAAACUGUUUUCGUGAGAACUGUCUGUUUUGUUUUUUCAUUUCAGUGCUUUUGUUGAAGUCUAUUCUUACCUGAUCAGAUGCUUCUGAUGAUGGUCUAGCUGUAGAUCACUCACAUAUUGCUUUUUGACCCUACGUAUUUGCGUAUUAUUAGUAGCUUAUAUCUGGACUGUUGCACGGUUUGCUUGCUAGCUACUGUGGUUGAAAGUUAACUGGUUAGCUUACUAGCUGCUGGCUUGCGAUGCUAUUUAUCUCUUAUUGUUCGUGUUGAUACUAGAACUAAGUUAGCUUGCAGGGACCGAACGGAUUGAUCAAAGUUUAAAGAAAAAAACUGUAUUUUUAGUAUAGAAGGUAGCUAAUCCCGUAGCCAGUUAGCUCCCUCGCCAACAAGCAGUUCACUGCACAAGCAAAUGUCAUAUCGACAAUAGCGCCAAGUCGCUAGUUAGCUAGCCACAGCUUUCUGAGCAGAGUUUCUGUUUGUUCAGAGCUCGACAUGACUGUUUCAGAAUGUCUUGUCUAUAUUGGCAAUCUGGAUACGGGACAUAUAAAAGUUAUAAUAUUGCAAUUUGUACAUGCGUCUGUACGGAACCUAUCCAAUACAUUAGGCUGGAAAAGUAUAUUUUAACUUGUAAAUUCUACGAUGAAUUGCCAGCCAGUUACCUACCCAAGAAGGGAAAGCCUGGAACAAGUGUAGCUACAUUCGCCAGAAUAUAAAUGGAAGUAGCUUAUUUACCCAAGUAGUGUCAGCUAAAUAAUGUAAUUAGCUCAGACAGCUUAUUCUGGUAAAACUGCCAUGACCAUCAUGGGAACUAUUUGGGCCCAAAACCCAAGAUUCUGUUCAUGUUAUGUGUAUAGAAGACAUUUCAGUCUGAUCACAUCCACUGGACACACGUGAGUAAAUCAUUUCUCUUUUCCCUUUUCCAUCUUAGCCACGAAGAAUGCCACAUUCACAAUGUCAUGAGGAAAAACACCUAGUGUCAGAAUGAACGACAUCAAUCUGAGUCCUGUGGGGAUGGACCAGUUGAACGUGCCCUCUGUGAGUGGUAGCCACCUGGGUCUGCCCACCUCCCCCACCCACAAUCCCAUCACUGCUCCAGGCAUGCCAGUGGCCAUUCCAAACCUAGGGCCCUCCCUGGGGUCUCUGCCACCUGCCUUGUCCCUCAUGCUGCCCAUGGGUCCAAUUGGAGACAGGGGGGUGAUGUGCAGCCUGCCAGAGAGGAACUACCCGCUGCCUCCUCCCCCGUACCCCCACCUGGAGAGCAGUUACUUCCGACACAUCCUCCCAGGCAUUUUGUCCUACCUUGCAGACCGCCCACCUCCACAGUAUAUUCAUCCCAGUAGCCUUAACAUGGAUGGGACCCUCUCGGUGCCCAGCAACAACCCUUCUGGCAUGGACCCCUAUAGCGGACCCGGGGGGCCUCUGGAGCAGGGCCUUGUGUCCCUGGACUCUCGGCAGGUGGGGGGUCAGGGAGGCCUCCACCAGGGUGCGGCUCACGAGGUGCAGCUGGACACCGGCCUGACCAUGGAGUCCCGCGUGAGCAGCCCCAUAUCCCCGGACAGGAUGGGUGAGGAGCUGGCCUCCAUGGAGGGGGUGGUGCCAGAGACGCAGCCGCUGAGCGGGAGGCCCCGGAACCACGAGGGUCUGGGGGGCGUGGACGGGUCCGGAGGGGUGAUCCCUCUGCACGGGUCGGGGCUGGAGCUGCCUGUGGUGAUGGAGCAGGAGCACCUGACUGGCAGGGUGGGCGGAGCCGGAGCAGCUGGAGGCGGAGCCAGGGGCCUGGGGGAGCCGCUGCACUCCUCUGCGGCUUUGAGCUCUGGCGCCGUUAGCGUGGUGCUGACUGGCUCGCACUCGCACCCGUCCAUGGCACCCCCCUCGCAGCUGGAGGCUGUGACCCUCCACGGGCCCCCCACCAUGGGGCUGGAGCCGGUCAGUGUGUCCCCCAUCACCGCCGAGGUGUCCCUGGGGCCCGACAGCAGCCUGGUGCUGGUCAACUCCUCCCUGCAGCUGGAGGACUCCACGUCUAACAAGGAGAACAUGGCGACCGCCUUCACCAUAUGGUGCACGCUGUGCGAACGCUCCUAUCCCUCCGACUGCCCAGAACACGGCCCUGUCACUUUCAUCCCCGACAUGCCCAUUGAGAGCCGCGCCCGCCUGUCCCUCCCACGCCCUCUGUGCCUCAGGGUCACCGUGGCUGAUGAACCCCUCGGUGUAUUGGCGAGAGAGGUCAUACCUGUCAGGACCUGCUUUGGGCCAAUGGUAGGACAGCACUGCAGCUCCGUCGACCUGACAGACUGGUCAGACAAGAACACUCCUCACGUCUGGAAGAUGUUCCACAAUAAUGUUCUGGAGUUCUGCAUUGUGACAACAGACGAGAAUGAGUGCAACUGGAUGAUGUUUGUUCGUAAGGCGAGGACUGGAGAGGAGCAGAAUCUUGUGGCCUAUCCUGACAACGGCAAGCUGUACUUCUGUUCGUCCAGGGAGAUUCUUCCUGACCAGGAACUGCUCUUCUACUACAGCAGGGACUACAGCAGGCAGAUGGGUGUCCCGGAGCUUCCAGACGGUCAAGUGUGCCACUGUGGCAAAGAGUGUGCCUCCUUCGCCGAGCUGAAAUCUCACCUGAACAGCCACGCCCACGGGCACUCGCAUGGCCACACCCACAGCCCCACCCAGAGCCACUCGGGGCACCACGGCCACCACCCCCACCACGAAGGCAAGCUCCCCAGCAGCAGCUCCAGCGCUGCCUCGUCCUGGUCUGGCCACGCCCACGGCCACGCCCGGGAGAGGAAGUUCAAGUGCAACAUGUGCUCCAGGGCGUUCACCUCCUCCACCAAGCUCAACGUGCACUUCAUGGGACACGUUGGCAUGAAGCCGCACAAGUGUGAGUACUGCAGCAAGGCCUUCAGUGAUCCCAGCAACCUCCGGACGCACCUCAAGAUCCACACAGGUCAGAAGAAUUACCGGUGCAGCAUGUGCGAGAAGUCCUUCACGCAGAAAGCCCACCUGGCGUCUCACAUGGUGAUUCACACGGGGGCCAAGAACCUGAAGUGCGACCACUGCGACAGGAUGUUCAUGCGGAGGCAGGACCUCAAGCAGCACAUGCUCACCCACACUCAAGAGCGUCAGAUCCGCUGCCCGAAGUGUGACAAGCUGUUCUGGAGGUCCAACCACCUGAAGAAGCACCUGAACUCCCACGAGGGUCGGCGGGAUUACAUCUGCGAGAAAUGCAGCAAGGCCUUCCUCACCAAAUACCACCUCACCCGACACCUGAAGAUAUGCAAGGGCCCCAAAACGACCGGGGAGGCCCUCCAAGAGGAGGAGGAGGAUGAGGAUGACGACGACGAGGAAGACGAAGAGGAGGAGGACGACGACGGGGAUGUGGAGGGGCUGAUCGAUCCAGUGAGCAGGGAGGACUGUGGUCUCGGUGUGGCAGGGUACAGCUCGGACAAAGCCCUGUCCCCACACCAGUGACUGUGGGGUCAGGAAAUGGCACUUCUGCGUAUGCCCUGAUAUUUAUCAUAUUUAUUUCCAUUUUUUUCGUUCCUUAUUUUUUCGGGUUUUCGUGUUGUUGCCAAAAUCUUACCUGCAUGGUAAGAUUUAAAGAUUUGGCAUUUCCAGCCUUCCAAGAUCUCUUCUCUAGCCUUUGAAAUGGAAACUGGAAUACAUCAUCCAGAAUGAAUGCAGAAAACUUUGAAUGAAAUGUGUACUAAAUGAAAAGACCUGCAACUGUGUGCUGAGGUAUUUCCAGUUGUUCUGAAAAGGGCACAUGUGGUAUCUGCUUGUAGCUUGUAUUUCAUUAGUUCCUUGAAAAUUCACGGUUCUUUUAGAAACAAUUUGGUGCAGUUUCCGCAGGUUAAAUUAAACUGAUGUUCAGUUACCAUGUCUUGCAAAGAUCCCCCUGUUGUCAAAAUUUGAAAUUUCAGACUAUAAUGACUUUAUUUGGAUAAUCAAUGCACAAGCUAUUUAUUAUGUUAUUUAAACUUGAGGCAGUUAAUUACAAAUAGAGUUUGAAAGUCAAGUUAAAAGUGUUUAUGGGGGCGGGGGGAGAAUCUGGUGAGAGUGGAAUAGUGAAUGAGUUUUACAUUGUGAGCAGACUUGUAUUACUGAUAAAUUAGUUACUGAAAUCAUUCCAAUUGGGGCCUUAUUGACUGUGUGCUUCAAAUUACAGGAACAUCUUAUGUUGGCCUGUUAAUUUCGGUUUGCUGCAAAAGUCUCAGAAAGAUACUCUAUUACAUUUCACUGUUUUCUUUGGUAAUCGCACAAUAAUCUUUGAAUUAAAAACAGUACUACAUAACGGCAAAAUACAGAAGAAAGCUCUUUCAAUUGGGCAAUGGGGAUUUGGUUGUCUAUUUUUUUCCCUCUGAAUGUACAAUUGCAUUCUGCAAAGAACAGCAUAAUGUGUAAAUAUGGUGUACAAUUUUUAGUGCUAUAGAUUUUCCAAUUACUUCAUAAUGCCAGAGGAUUCACCCAAAUAAGCUAUUUCUUUAUAUUUGUAUCAUUUAUUAGUGGGAGAAAUUAGUUGUUUUGCCACCAACAUAGCUGAUGAAGCUAACAAACCUUUAUGAAAUUUGCCAGUAACAUUUGACUUUCUCCCUGCUUUUGAUCAACCUUCAUCCUUUUACUGUUGCUUUCUAAGUAGCCAAGUAUGGAAAACAUGCUUAAAUGUGCAUUUUAUUAUUUUCUUCCCAGUUGCCUUCUAAUAAUUCAUUAGAAAGAUGUUAAAUCUUCCUGUCUAUGAAUAUAAGUACUGGAAUGCUCAUGAAUACAAGAGCUUUUUGUCGAAACACCAGGGUGACAAAGCUUGCUAUACCCUGUCAUCAUGAUAAUCCACCAGAUCAUGUGUUUAAAUAAACAAAUAUGUUCAUCAUAAGUUUUGUGGUUGCAAUUAAGCAAUGCAACAUAAAUGUAAGUCAUGCUAUGUAUAAGUUUAACGGGACCUGCUGGGUGACCAGGAUAAAAUCAUGCAGUUGCUAAAUUCUAAUGUGCAAAUAAAUUCAAAACAUACACAUACAUAA